GCUCCCGCGCCUCCCGGCAGCCCCCGCGCGGCGCGGCCUUGCGCGGUGCGUGCGGCGCGGGCGCCUCGGCGGCUCCAGAAGUUUCCUGGGGGCCACGGGCGGCAUGGAGGAGGCGGCGGGAGCGGCAGCGGGAGCGGCCCCGCCGCGGUUCUCGGACGCGGACGUCGACCGGGACCCGGGGGCGGCGGCGCAGGAACUGACAACAGCUUUGGAAAAGAAUCCAGAUGAUGCAGAAUGUUAUUGUCAACGAGCUUAUGCUCAUAUUCUUCUACAGAAAUAUGCUGAUGCAGUUGCAGAUGCAAAAAAGUCUCUAGAACUCAACCCAAAUAAUGCUGUAGCGCUCCUUAGAAAAGGGUUAGGUGAAUAUCAUAUCAAAAACUAUGCAUCUGCUUUAGAGUCUUUCAGAGAGGGACAGAGGCUGGACAAUGUAGAUGAUACCUUUACUAUUUGGAUUAAAAGAUGUGAAGAAAUACUGAAUGCAUCACAGACUGAUUUGAAUAUGCAGCAGCAGCCUCUGCCACCAAAGAUCAAAUAUGACUGGUACCAAACAGAAUCUCAAGUAAUUGUGACCAUAAUGAUCAAGAAUGCACAGAAGGAUGAUGUCAGUGUGCAGUUUUUGGAGAGAAAGAUGAAUGCAUCAGUGAGACUUCCAUCAGGUGAAGACUUCAACUUGAAGCUUGAUCUUCUUCAUUCUAUAGUGCCAGAGCAAAGUACAUUUAAAGUGCUUUCAACAAAGGUUGAGAUAAAAAUGAAGAAGCCAGAGGCUGUAAGAUGGGAGAAGCUGGAGGGCCAGGGAGAUUCUCCUAAGUUAAAACAAUUUACACCAGAUACCCAGCACUUAUACCCAUCGUCGUCUCACUAUACAAGGAACUGGGACAAACUGGUAGUUGAAAUCAAAGAAGAGGAGAAAAAUGAGAAAUUAGAAGGAGAUGCUGCUUUAAAUAAACUCUUCCAGCAAAUCUAUUCAGAUGGUACAGAUGAAGUAAAACGUGCCAUGAACAAAUCAUUCAUGGAGUCUGGUGGCACAGUUCUGAGCACCAAUUGGUCUGAUGUUGGUAAAAGGAAGGUAGAAGUAAAUCCUCCUGAUGACGUGGAAUGGAAAAAAUUCUAAUCCUAUUUCUGAUCUUUACCAUCUAUGUGUUGCCAUAGUCAUGUACUGACCACUAUGUAUGGACAUAGCAUUCUUGGAUUCAAAGCACUGAAUGUUCCCUUGAAAACAGGAAUUGUCUGUACAUUUUGCGUGCUUUAGAAAUUCCUUCAUCUGCAGAUCUUAAAGAUAUACUCAAGAGUGGAACCCUAUUUUUAUCAUCUGUCUUAAUUUCUGGGAAUUGAGUCCAUCAGUCCAAAUUUUUUACCACCUUUGUCAGCUCUCCUCUUUGGGAUAGGGUGAUCUCUAAUGGCUGGUCAGGAUUAUUGCCUUACACCUGGUAUUUCUGUUCAAUAACUUAUUAGAUCUUGGCAAUUUUGAGUAAAAACACUUUUCACAACAGUGUUAAAAUUGUUUGCUCCUUAACUCUGCUAAAUAAAACUGUAAAUACAACUUUUUCUAUAAGGAAGCUGCUUUAUUUCAUUUUUAGUAUUGUUUUUUGAUAGGGGAAUCACUUUAAGCAUAUAGGUAAGGAUAAGGUAAGCAUGUGAAUGUACUGCUUCAAAAGAAAAGCUGGCAUGUAUAGGAGCUAAAUGUGCAUUCAGUGAAGAGGAUGAGAUUACUAUUGAUGCAGACACAAACCACCCACUUUGGAGUCCUUCCACCUCUGUGAUAAGUUGAAUUGUAGUCACAGUCAUGGAAGAUAACAAAUUUGUUGUGACUGGAAAUUUUUACAGAAAAGUAGGUCUUCUGUCUACCUUCUGAAUUCAAAAUAAAUUUACCUGGAAUCAAAGCCAGCAAGCAGUUGCUUUAAGUUACGUAAUUUCUGAAGAAUAGAAACUGUUUAAAGAGCAACUUGUAUGUCCUUAAUUGCUUCCAUUAGUGCAGCUUUAUUGUCAUGACCAAAUUGUAAACAACAAUAGAGAAAAGGAAUUGAGAAUCUA